AUGUCUGCCUCGGCCGUGAUCUUCGAUCUCGCGGUGAAGGGACUCACUGGAGUCGUUCAUAUUGUUACCCUGGUGGAGAAGGCUCGGGGCUAUGCCCUCGAAUGGUUCAAGAAGAAGGGGGAGGAGCAGAAGGGGAACGACGACGACGACGACGACGACAACGACGUGGAGCUGAGCCAUGUCGGUGUUCCGGAGCUGACCCGGCGCCAUGAGGAGCUGGCAGCUGGCACGGUCUCCAAUCCCGAAACGGAGGGAAUUCUCUGUCUCGACGGUCCGGGGCAUCUCUCCCACCGCCAGCACCACAUCAUCCUCCUCCGCCGCCACCACCACCUUUUUCUCGACCCACGAGAGGGUCUCCCAUCACCAUGCCGACGAGUGAGACCAACCCGUUGGAGGGAAAACCACGUCAAAAACAGUCGACCGGCCUCGGUAUCAAUAUUACGAACGAUGCAUCCCCUUUACUCUCAUACCUUAUUUUCUCGGCAAUCUUCCUCAUACGCCAGACGUAUCUUCUUAGGCGUUCCAGUGGUCACAGAGUACAACUUUGAGGUUGGAAUGGGAUCUACGGUGGUAGCGGGGUGUAACCUGGAUAGAACAAUUGAACUAUCGAUAUUGAGCGGUUCUAAUUGA